GGGUUAUUAUUAUCAUUGACCAAAGCAAGGGACUUUCCAUUAAUUUCUCGUUAAUUUCUUGUUAAUUUCUCACACGAGCUCGGCAAGAGAGGCUUUACUAUUCCUAGAGAAUCCGAGAUUCAGAAAAAGCGAAGGAAACUGCAUGAGGCCUCAUAGCUAGGAGGCGGCGCCGUUGGAAUGUGGACUCAGAAGUCUGGUCCCAAAGCCUACAGAAUAGAUCACUGCCCAGAACAGAAAAGUUAGAAGUGGAACCGGUGUGCAGAAUUUCUAGAAUUUGGAAUCGAGUGCAUUUUCUGACACUUGACUACAGUACCCAGGGGUUCUUGGAGAAGAAUCUGGUCCCAGAGGAGCUUGACUGACCAUAAAAAUGAGUACUGCAGAUGCACUUGAUGAUGAAAACACAUUUAAAAUAUUAGUUGCAACAGAUAUUCAUCUUGGAUUUAUGGAGAAAGAUGCAGUCAGAGGAAAUGAUACGUUUGUAACACUCGAUGAAAUUUUAAGACUUGCCCAGGAAAAUGAAGUGGAUUUUAUUUUGUUAGGUGGUGAUCUUUUUCAUGAAAAUAAGCCCUCAAGAAAAACAUUACAUACCUGCCUCGAGUUAUUAAGAAAAUAUUGUAUGGGUGAUCGGCCUGUCCAGUUUGAAAUUCUCAGUGAUCAGUCAGUCAACUUUGGUUUUAGUAAGUUUCCAUGGGUGAACUAUCAAGAUGGCAACCUCAACAUUUCAAUUCCAGUGUUCAGUAUUCAUGGCAAUCAUGACGAUCCCACGGGGGCAGAUGCACUUUGUGCCUUGGACAUUUUAAGUUGUGCUGGAUUUGUAAAUCACUUUGGACGUUCAAUGUCCGUGGAGAAAAUAGACAUUAGUCCGGUUUUGCUUCAAAAAGGAAGCACAAAGAUUGCGCUAUAUGGUUUAGGAUCCAUUCCAGAUGAAAGGCUCUAUCGAAUGUUUGUCAAUAAAAAAGUAACAAUGUUGAGACCAAAGGAGGAUGAGAACUCUUGGUUUAACUUAUUUGUGAUUCAUCAGAACAGGAGUAAACAUGGAAGUACUAACUUCAUUCCAGAACAAUUUUUGGAUGACUUCAUUGAUCUUGUUAUCUGGGGCCAUGAACAUGAGUGUAAAAUAGCUCCAACCAAAAAUGAACAACAGCUGUUUUAUAUCUCACAACCUGGAAGCUCAGUGGUUACUUCUCUUUCCCCAGGAGAAGCUGUAAAGAAACAUGUUGGUUUGCUGCGUAUUAAAGGGAGGAAGAUGAAUAUGCAGAAAAUUCCUCUUCACACAGUGCGGCAGUUUUUCAUGGAGGAUAUUGUUCUGGCUAAUCAUCCAGACAUUUUUAACCCAGAUAAUCCUAAAGUAACCCAAGCCAUACAAAGCUUCUGUUUGGAGAAGAUUGAAGAAAUGCUUGAAAAUGCUGAACGGGAACGUCUGGGUAAUUCUCGCCAGCCAGAGAAGCCUCUUAUACGACUGCGAGUGGACUAUAGUGGAGGUUUUGAACCUUUCAGUGUUCUUCGCUUUAGCCAGAAAUUUGUGGAUCGGGUAGCGAAUCCAAAAGACAUUAUCCAUUUUUUCAGGCAUAGAGAACAAAAGGAAAAAACAGGAGAAGAGAUCAACUUUGGGAAACUUAUCACAAAGCCUUCAGAAGGAACAACUUUAAGGGUAGAAGAUCUUGUAAAACAGUAUUUUCAAACCGCAGAGAAGAAUGUACAGCUCUCACUGCUAACAGAAAGAGGGAUGGGUGAAGCAGUACAAGAAUUUGUGGACAAGGAGGAGAAAGAUGCCAUUGAGGAAUUGGUGAAAUACCAGUUGGAAAAAACACAGCGAUUUCUUAAAGAACGUCAUAUUGAUGCCCUAGAAGACAAAAUCGAUGAGGAGGUACGUCGUUUCAGAGAAACCAGACAAAAAAAUACUAAUGAAGAAGAUGAUGAAGUCCGUGAGGCUAUGACCAGGGCCAGAGCACUCAGAUCUCAGUCAGAGGAGCCUGCUUCUGCCUUCAGUGCUGAUGACCUUAUGAGUAUAGAUUUAGCAGAACAGAUGGCUAAUGACUCUGAUGAUAGCAUCUCAGCAGCAACCAACAAAGGAAGAGGCCGAGGAAGAGGUCGAAGAGGCGGAAGAGGGCAGAAUUCAGCAUCGAGAGGCGGGUCUCAAAGAGGAAGAGGAGACACUGGUCUGGAGACUUCUACUCGUAGCAGGAACUCAAAGACUGCUGUGUCAGCAUCUAGAAAUAUGUCUAUUAUAGAUGCCUUUAAAUCUACAAGACAGCAGCCUUCCCGAAAUGUCACUACUAAGAAUUAUUCAGAGGUGAUUGAGGUAGAUGAAUCAGAUACGGAAGAAGACAUUUUUCCUACCACUUCAAAGACAGAUCAAAGGUGGUCCAGCACAUCAUCCAGCAAAAUCAUGUCCCAGAGUCAAGUAUCGAAAGGGGUUGAUUUUGAAUCAAGUGAGGAUGACGAUGAUGAUCCUUUUAUGAACACUAGUUCUUUAAGAAGAAAUAGAAGAUAAUAUAUUUAAUGGCACUAAGAAACAUGCAAGAUACAGGAAAAAUGAAAGCGUUACAAGCUCAGAGUUUAAGAUUUUAAGUAUUAUUUCCUGAGCAUGACUCCAUAAGUAGGAAAUUUCUAGCUCACAGACAUGUACAGUAGCAUUGAUUCACCUUGUUUUUUUAACCUGGUUGUUACAGUAAGAGCUUUGUUUCAAUAUCAUUCUUGAGUAAAGAUUAAAAUAAAGCUACCAUUUUACAUUUCUA